AUGGAGGCUGCGUUGGAGCUUUUACCAAUUGGAACCGUUCAACCCGAACUGAACGGAUUCAACGAGGCUGAUAUUGAACCCCAAUGGAUUAUAUGGGACGUUUGCAGUUCCAUGAACAAUAAUUGUCGGUUGCCCGAGGACUUUGUCGAAAUCGCCUCGAUAUUAUUCCAAGAGCAGAAGCGCAGGGAAGAGGCCUUCCUUAAAUACGUCGUGACUGUCAACUCUAGGAUGACAGGCUACCGCGGGAUUGAGCAAGCGAGCCAGACCAAGGCCUGUGUGUGCUGA